AUGAAUUUGUUCUUGUGUAAACAUAAAAAGUCCAAUGGAGAAGUGGACAAGAUAAUGAAAGAGCAUAGAGUAUUUACAGAAACACGUGAAAGUAUAAUUCCUCUAGAAAAUAAGAGAGUUGUAAUUCCCUUUUGUUAUAGUAAAUACAUAAUUAACAACACCUUCUCAAAGAUUCUAAGUCCUAUAGACGCUAGACAUAGUGAUGUAUUCAACACAAACUUUAAAGGAACAAACAAUGUAUUCUCGUUAAGAAACAAAAAAAAAACAAAAAGUAAAAAAGACAUAUACGGAAAAAAAGGAAUUACUGAGGAUCAUGAAUCCCAGAAUGUUGAUACAAAUAUGUUUGAAAGAAACGUUGAACCCUUUAAUUCUGUUAAUUUUGAAGGUCACAGCAAGGUGAAAUCUUUGCAAAAUGCAUGCUCUGAAGAGGAAAUGUGCAGCAUAUACUCAAAUUUGCAAAAUACUAAUACAUAUAGAGCAAUUAGAAAAUUAGAGCAUUUUGACUGUUUAAUGUACAACGUAAGUAAGAAUGAACACGCGAAGAAAUUACAGUUGAAAACAAAUAUAGAAUCUAAAAACAAUAUUACCAUUAUAAAUAACCUUUAUUCCAAUAGAACGCAAAUGGUAGAUAACGGUACACUUAAUCUUGUUCAGAUUAAUAAAAACAUUGUAAAUUCAGAGAGGAUAUGUGAAGGAAAUAACAGAACAUUGCAAGAUAAUAAAUGCUCACUGAUGGAAAAUGAUAUUGUAAUGAACCAAAUUAAAAUGUCUAAUAGUUAUAAUGCGAAAAAGGAUGGAAAAUCAUCUGCGAAAUCAGGUAAGCAAGAUGAUUCACUUGUUGAUUCUGAAAAUGAGUUAAGGAAAGAACAAUCUGUGUCUACGAUAGAUGCUCAUAAAAAAAGCAUAGCAGGAAGCAUAAAAGGAAACACUGAUCAACAUAAUGUUUUAGGACAGCAUUGUGACAUUCUUGAUGAUAUAGACACUUUAAUUAAUGAGAAGAUAAAAAAAAGGAAAAAAAAAAACAUAGGGACUUGCUCUUUUAGCCUAAACAAUUUUUCUUGUCAUUUCCUCAUGACAUGUGAUAAGACAUAA